GUGUGUGUGUGUGUGAGUUGUUGAGUCAGUCCGUGUAAUCAUCGGUUUGUGUAUGUGUGUAAAUCUGUAUAGUGGAUCUUCUGCAGCAGUGUUGAGUGGAUUGGUGGAGAUGAUGGAUCUGUCACUGGUUUUACUGGUUUUAAUUCAGAGUGUGGGCGUCGCCCCAGUCACUGUCACCAGCCGCACUCCAGUAGUUCAGGUGCAGGAAUAUUUAGACGCUGAGCUCUCCUGUGAGUUUAAGACCGAGCGUGACCCCAAUCCUCGCAUCGAGUGGAAGAAGAAGGAUAAGGAGGUGUCGUUUGUUUACUUUAAAGGAGAUUUCACAGGGCGUUUUCAGGGUCGUGCAGAGAUUAAUGGAGCCAUGGUACAACUGCGCAGAGUGACUCAGGCAGAUGCAGGCGAGUAUCGCUGUGAGGUCAGCGCCGCCCUCGACACCAUUAAACUAGGAGAGGCAAACGUCACACUGAAGGUUCUGGUCCCACCCCAAACCCCAUCAUGUGACAUCCCGAGCUCUGCCCUUACGGGCUCGCAGGUGAAGCUGCACUGUAGAGACCAACACAGCAUCCCUCCAGCCAGUUACACCUGGUUCAAAGAUAAGAAGCCUCUGAUCCUACGACCUGCAAAUGCCACAUAUACAAUCGAUGAGCUGACCGGUGUGCUGCUCUUUCAGACAGUAAGCAGAUCUGAUACAGGCCAUUAUUAUUGUGAGGCCAAAAAUGGUGUUGGAACUCCAAAGCGCUGUGAGAGCACACACAUGCAGAUUGAUGAUCUGAAUGUUUCAGCUGUGAUAACUGGAGUUGUUCUCGUGUGUGUUCUUGUGGUAUUGUGCACUUUUGGAGUCUGGUAUGCCCAUCGGCAGGGAUAUUUCAGCCGACACAGAGGAAGGUCAUUCUGGAUCACAGAGUGUCACAGUGUGGCACACAUAAGCAGUCAGAACCUCAACAGAACUGAGCACAUCCAACAGUCAGGUUACAGUCACCCUCCACAGGAUGUUAAGGAUUUCAAACACACUCAAUCGUUCAUGUUGUGAUGGAGAAAAUCUCGUCGUCUCUGUAGUUGGAAACACAAUGAUGUUUCUUGCAUUCAAUUUUCUGCCUUUGAUGGACUUUAAAAGAAAAAACAGAAAUGCAGUUUUGAAAACUGUUUGAUUCUCUACUGAUGACCCCCAGUUCAACAUUCAGCCCCUGCUGGCCAAGGGUAAUAAUGACCACUUGCGCCCCCUAAUGGAGGCACAGCAGCAGCAGCAGUAACGCUUUCACCUAUGACCUGUGUAACCUUGUGCCUUCAAACAAAGAGUGAUUGUAUCUUAAAUGUUUUUGUGCCUUUUUAUUUCUUCUGAAUAUUACGUCCGUUAAACUGAAGUGUAAGAAUGUAAAUCAUUGAAUGUCUGAUUUGCUGUAUGUUUUCAGUAUGCUCUUUUUUAAAUAAAUAUUAAUUUGGAAUU